AUGGCCCAUGGACAUGGACAUGAACAUGGACAUGGUAAAAUGGAACUUCCAGAGUACAGGCAAUGGAAGAUAGAAGGGACACCAUUAGAAACUGUCCAGAACAGGCUGCCUGCACAAGGGCUAAGGGAUCCAUGGGGCCGCAGUGAAACUUGGAGAUACAUGUGUGGCUUUGCAAAAAAGAUUACCUUUUUUGAUGUAUUCUUUAAAGGAUUCAAAUGGGGAUUUGCUGCAUUUGCGGUAGUUGUAGGAGCUGAAUAUUACCUGGAGUCCCUGAAUAAAGAUAAGAAGCAUCACUGAAGAUAAUACCUGGAAGUAUCAUAGUGGUUUCUUAACUCUCCAAAAUAAGAUUUCUUCACUAUAGCCUAC